AUGCUCACCACUUCGUUUGAUUGUGUUGUGCUGGAUGGCACCGUCGUGACGGCCGCCGAUGUUGGUCGGUAUGACAUCGGAAUUAAGGAUGGCAAGAUUGCUAUACUUGCUCCUGCGCGGUCCCUGGCUAUAGCUCGCGCAUCUCGAGUUAUUGACGCCGAGGGUGCAUAUGUUAUGCCAGGCGGCAUUGAUGCCCAUGUCCACUUGGCUGAACCGCGAGGCCAGGGUCAAGCGUCCGAUACUUUCACAACAGGAAGCCGCUCCGCCAUUGCUGGUGGUACAACAAGCAUUAUCGCAUUUGCUCCCCAGGAUAAAUCUGAUCCAUCUUUAGUCAAGGCGCUGGAAAAGGCGCAAAAGAAAGCCGACAAUGCUGCAUACUGUGAUUAUUCUCUUCACCUUAUGAUUUCAAACCCAAGCAGAGAGGUUCUCGACGAGUUUUCCAUACUUCGCGAACGCGGCGUGUCCUCAGCCAAAAUUUUCAUGACCUACGAGUCUCUACAACUACGUGACAGCCAGGUCAUGGAUGUCUUGAUGCAAGGCCGCAUCGAUGGAGUAACCAUACUAGUCCAUGCUGAAAACGGCGACAUGCUCACCUGGAUGACCGAGCAGCUUGAGAGACGCAUGUUAACUGAACCAAAAUACCAUGCCGCCUCGCGACCCCAAAUCCUAGAAUGUGAAGCUACCAGCCGAGCCAUAUCUCUGAGCCAACUCAUCGAAACACCAAUUCUUAUCGUCCACGUUUCCUCCCCAGUAGCCGCAAGCACCAUCCGCACCGCCCAGACAAGCGGAUGGCCUAUUUUCGCUGAGACAUGCCCGCAAUAUCUAUUUCUGACCAGGAAAGACCUCGAAAAGCUCGGUUUCGAGGGCGCCAAAUGCAUAUGUUCACCUCCACCACGCGAGGGUGAAGACGACCUAGAAAAUAUCUGGACAGGGCUGCAGAAUGGGACAUUCACGAUCCUCUCUUCUGACCACAGCCCAUACGUUUACGACGACGAUGUCAACGGAAAGAAGAUAGCCGUCACCGGCGAGGAACCUCUAGGCCGUUUCCGAAACGUCCCUAAUGGCUGCCCGGGAGUUGAAACGCGCCUGCCCUUAGUUUGGAACUCCAACCGACUCACACCUCAGAAGUUCGUUGAAGUCGCGAGCACCAAUCCGGCCAAAUUGUACGGACUUUAUCCGCAGAAAGGCUCGAUCAUCCCGGGUAUAUCCGAUGCGGAUCUCACGAUCUGGUAUCCUUCUGCUCAGGAGCCAUUCCCUAUUACGAAUUCUGCUUUACAUCACAAUGUGGACUAUACGCCGUAUGAAGGGCACAUGAUAACCCAGUGGCCGCGAUAUACACUGCUGCGUGGGGAGGUCGUCUGGGAUCGAGAUAAUGGAGGCGUUGUAGGCAGGAAGGGCUACGGGAAGUUUUUGAAGAGAGGGCGCAGUGCGUUUUGCCGUGAGCAGUCCGAGUUAGAUUUUACGAGGUUUUAG